CCAAUAGGUGGCAGUUACGUGCUAUAUUCAGCUUGUUUUAGCUUCCGAUGUGGAAUAAGGAGUGAAUUGUGAAAUACUGGGAUUUUGAUUAUUUUGCGUUCUGGUAAUUAUUUAAAAAAUAGGUGUUGGGAGAGAAUAAUCACUUUAUGUGAUCUAUGGUGAUAGUAAUUUGUUUAUCGUGUUGGAGUUACGUGAAGUGUUCGAAGGCACCGUAUUCACCCUGAAGAGAUUAUUGUAGGGGUUGUGUGCGACGGAGGUUUAAAAUAUUUAUAAAAUUUAAGCGGAACCAUGUCUGCAGAACAGCAGCAGUUUUUCCUGAAAUGGAACGACUUCCAGUCUAAUAUGGUUUCAUCGUUCAAACAUUUACGUGAUGAGAAAAGCUUCACGGAUGUCACACUGGCAUGUGAAGGUCAGACCUGCAAGGCACAUAAGAUGGUUCUGUCUGCUUGUAGUCCAUACUUUAAGUCACUAUUAGAGGAAAAUCCGUCGAAGCACCCUAUCAUUAUUUUGAAGGAUGUCCCGUACAACCACCUGCAGUCAAUACUGGAGUUCAUGUAUGCAGGUGAAGUGAAUGUGUCUCAGGAGCAGCUACCAGCAUUUCUCAAGACUGCUGACCGCUUGAAAGUGAAGGGUCUGGCUGAGGCUCCACAGUCCAUAAAGCGGGAAGGAUAGGAAACACUGCCUCUCCUAUAUUAGGUUUAACCGUGGCAAUGGCAGCAUAGCUACCAGCUGUUUGCGGAUGACUGAAAGAGAUUUGGAGGUGUGUGCUGUUACUCAUAUGUGUGAAGAUGGUUUACUGUAUGAAUGGAAGUGCAACAACAAGCAGUUAAAAAGAAAACUGUAUUCUGCCUAGAACAGAAUGCAUUCCAUUUUAAAAUGUCAAGAUGUCCAAAUGCAGUUGAAGCGUUUCAGAACAGCAGCAGAUACAACAAAACUGUAAAAUACUAGACUGAUCUUAACCUUUGUACAUAUUUGUAUUAAAUCCUGUGAGCAAUGUUACCUCAUUAAAUUAUCAGCUUCGCCCAAUCAUUUGUACAGCCUCUUGCAAACAUUGAAUCAUAUUCCAGCAGUGUCAUCAGGAGAUGAUUUGAAGAUUAUAUUUCUUGCCAUAGUUAUUGCUGUACAUUUUUGAAUGUCCACCCUCACAUUUAAUCCUUACCAGUCCAAAUUUUUGGAUAAGUCUGAGUUAAUUUUACAGAAAUUCUGAUUUGCAGUUAUUUUGCCUUAUAGAAGUUUAUACUGAUACAGUGUGAAGAUCUGCUUUUGAUGAAUUUGAGUUGGCCAUGAACAAACUCAAGAAUAUGAAACUCAGGGUUUUCACAGUAGACAGUAGACCAUGUCUGCUGUAGCCUUCUGGAUAUAGCGUCGUGUGAAAAUGGUAAAAAUUGUUAAAGAUGUUACUGCUUCAGAGUCUGAAGAAAUUUAGCCCUAUAGAUGGAGGCAUUUGUCUGAAACAUGACUUGAUUUUACCAUUCUGAUGUGCCAUAUCCAAAAGACUGUACAGUGAAAACUCCGGAAUAUUUGUAUGAUUGCUUUCAGAUGGUAACAGUGUCACAUAAUAAAAAUUGUGGAUCAGAAUGUCGAGUCCACUUCAACCUUGGACUGGAAGGAGUUAAGUUUAGGGAAUAUGACUUUAAUGUCAUCUUUUGACUGCUGCAGGGUACAUUGCUGUUCUGUCUUUGAUGAAGUUACAUGUUGCCAACAUACACAUUGGCAUUGAAUUUCUUAAUUAGUGAAACUCCUUAAUUUUAUGAUUGGAUUAGCUGUAGAGAGGAACUUCUGUGAUUGGUAAGUGGUAUUGUCAAUUCAUGUUCCCAAACAGUAUCUGGGGUGCUCCCUUGAAUUGAGUCAGGGCUUUUAUAAAGUUCUUUAUGUAGUUAUAUUUCUGAAGUAUCAUUUGUGUCAUGUUUUAUGUAAUAAAACCUUGAUACUUUGCAGAAGGGGCCCCAAAACUGCGAUAUCUAGAUUACUGAUGGUGUCAGUUUACAGUGAAAUAUAUUAUUAA